AUGGCUGGAAAUACUGCCCCCAACCCUGAAGUACCCAUUGAGAAUGGGGCUACUGAUAAGCCUUCGGCAGACCCACCGGCUAUUGAAGAGCCUUUGGCUCAGGAACCACCGGCUUCCGAGCCGACUAUAAUCGAAGCAUCUCCAAAGGCUGCACUGACAACCAAUGAAUUAGCCUCAGAGUCAACAUCUACAGAGUCAACAGCCACUGAGCAAAUCUCCAAUGAGCUGGGGACUGCCAAGUCUUCAACUCCAGGCACGACAACUACGGAGUUCACUUCUAAAGAUUCUACGGCUGAAGAUUCAAAAGCCAAGGAACUCUUUACCCUCCCUCUUCUAAGAGGCAAGAUCACACUUGAGGAUGCUCUCAUUCAGGAGGAGGACAUGCUUAUUCGACUUUCUUUGGUUGACAAGCGAUUUGAUUUCUUUCUGUGGAUAGUUCAACAUAAGAAAGGGAUCAAGAACUCGUUUCAUUCCAACUGGGCUUAA